AUGUGUCCAUUAGGAAAAUAUAUUGUAAAAGUUUUGCCAGAUGUAGAAAAACAGAAUUUUUCCGCAAUUUAUGGAACAAAACACAAGUGUAACACGAAAAAUACCCUAUCUAAGUUGAUAGACAACAACCUUGAUUUAACCAAAGGAGAUUCUGAAGAAAGUUUAGAUGAAAUGAGCUUUCUAGAAGCAGUCUAUAACAUCAAAAAAGAACUACAAAGUGACGAAUUCACGCACAACUCGUUUUCUUAUUUGAAACACAAAUGGGAUAAU